CUUGGUUCAUUCUUACAUCUUUAUUUUAGUUAAUAAUGUAUCCUUGUAUUAAUUAAAAAGAAUGGCAAUAGGCAAGCAGCUGCUGUGUUAUGUUAAAUGCUGCAACAACAAGAAGUCUAUACUGCUUGAGCACCGUGGUUUAAAAGAAACUCUUCUUCUUGAAGAUGACGUGGCAACUGCCCUACGGGAAGACGAGUUUAAUGCUGUUAGAAAAUCGUAUGAAAAAACUGUGGAAGCUUAUGCUAGCUUGGGCGUUCUGAAAUUUUAUAUUGGUAACAGCAAUGCAUUGGGUUAUUUGUUUUUUAUCACGGGAUGUUCGUCCACUGGAAAAAUCAGGGGUACAGAGAUUUACCGAAUUAGCAGUUGUUCCUAUGUGUCACUUCAAGACGCUACGGACGUGGAUAUUCGCAUCGGCGAUGUACAGAAGCUUUUAAUGUCUGGCUGUUUUUACUUUGCUGUUGAUGUAUCAGAAGACCAUGAAAAGACGUUUGUGCUUAACAUGUCGGCACAGAGGCAAAACCUCUCACAAGAAAGUCACGAUCACAGAUUCUUUUGGAAUUAUGGAAUGCAUACUCAUUUUAAACGAUUUGGAAUUGAUUGCGAAAAACUAUUUGUUCGGAUCAUGUGUGGAGGUGUGGAAAUUCGAACAAUUUACGUUGGUGCACAGCAAGCUAAAGUAUGUUUGAUCUCACGCUUAAGCUGUGAACGAGCUGGAACAAGGUUCAAUGUGCGAGGAACUAAUGACGAUGGACACGUGGCAAAUUUCGUAGAAACUGAGCAGUUUGUUGUGAUUGAUGACAGUGUCACUUCUUUUAUUCAAACACGAGGAUCUGUGCCAUUGUUUUGGGAGCAGCCUGGUGUCCAGGUUGGUGUUCAUAAGAUAAAAAUGAGUCGUGGCUUUGAAGCGUCGACACCAGCGUUUGAAAGACAUAUUUUAAAUUUAAAGAACUUGUACGGCUAUCAGUUGUUGAUAAAUUUGCUCGGUAGAAAGGAAGGAGAAGCCAUCUUGAGCGCAGCGUACAGAGAACACUUAAAAAAAUCUAGCCACAGUUUUGACACACACAUGGUGGAGUUUGAUUAUCACAGGCACUGUGGAGGAGGGAAAUAUGACAACAUCAAGGUUCUAAUGAAGCAGGCCAAACCUUCCCUAACAAAUUUUAGAUUUUAUUCAAAUGUUAGAGGUGAAGUUAGCAGUUCACAAAUUGGCACUUUUCGUACAAAUUGCAUUGACUGUCUCGACCGAACGAACGCUGUCCAGACUGAGAUUGGUUUGCAUAUGCUAGCACAACAAUUGAAUAGCAUUGGGAUAUCUGACAGUCAGUCGGUUUCUCGCUUCCACGAGGCACUAAAAAGCAUGUGGCAGUUGAACGGUGACCAUAUUAGUCGCAUCUACUCAGGAACUGGGGCGAUGGAGUCUGGGACGAAAGGAACGAUUGCCAGUAAACUUCAUGAUGGAGCUGUAUCUGUAAAGAGAACUAUACGCAACAAUUUCUUUGACGGAAGCAAACAGGAAGCAAUCGACAUUCUGUUGUUGGGAAAUAUCUUUGUUGGAAGUAUUGGCGAACGUGCUCGAGCGUUGCUUGGAAGGUCGUUUUUACAUUCAUCACCAACCAUUCUUCAUGAUCUGUGUCUACAAAAUGAGAAGUUCACCACAACUAAAGAAAUUCGUAUCUCCGUUGGCACGUGGAAUGUGAAUGGAGGAAAACACUUCCGCAGUAUUGCUUAUAAGCAUCAAUCAAUGCAUGAUUGGUUGGUGGACUAUUAUAAGCUCGCCCCUGAAGGUAUUGUGGACGCUGAAGAAGACUUCACCAAGCCAACUGAUAUAUUUGCUAUUGGUUUUGAAGAGCUUGUGGAUCUAAACACAAGUAAUAUUUUGUCUACAAGUUCUGUGCAGAAAAAGGAGUGGGGUUCAAAAUUGCAGCAGAUAAUUUCAAGAGAUAAUCCUUAUGCAUUGGUAACAGCUGAACAGCUUGUCGGGGUGUGUUUGUUCGUGUUUGCAAGAGUACAGCAUGUACCAUUUAUCAGGGAUGUUGCAGUAAGCGCGGUUAAGACUGGCAUGAAAGGUAACGCGGGAAACAAAGGUGCUGUCGGGAUACGCAUGUUGCUUCAUUCUACGUCAUUUUGUUUUGUGUGUGGUCACUUUGCUGCUGGACAAAGUAACUUUCUAGAAAGAAACAACAAUUAUCAUGAUAUCUCCAAACGAAUGAUAUUCCCCAUGGGCUCUACGUUGGAUUCGCAUGAUUAUGUGUUUUGGUGUGGCGAUUUUAAUUAUCGCAUCGAUCUGCCUAACGCAGAAGUAAAAGAAAUGGUAAAAGAAAUGCGAUGGCCUGAACUGCUUGCUAAUGAUCAGUUAACUGUACAGAAAUCUGAUUCGAAAGUGUUUCCAGCGUUUCAGGAAGGUCCGAUUAAUUUCCCUCCGACAUACAAGUUUGAUUUGUUCUCGGACGAUUAUGACACGAGCGAAAAGUUCCGCACUCCAGCGUGGACAGACAGGGUGUUAUGGAGGAGAGCAGAAUAUGCGAAGGAGGACGAUGAUUCGGAUGAAGGUUGGCGCAGUUUUAAACAGCGUUGUAUUCAUAUGUUUGACAAGCAGAUUAACAGCAGGUUUCUUGAAUUUUUAGAUGUACCUCCUGAGUGGAAAGAGGAUCGGAAACAAGCAUUGGACGUUGUAUUCAAUCCUGGGCGUUGUAUCUAUUAUGGAAAAGCAGACCUCAAAACAUCUGAUCAUAGACCGGUGAUAGCGUCGAUAGAUGUUGAAGUGGAACGCGCACAAGUAAGUAAGUUGAACAAUAUACAUCGCGACGUUUUAAAAUCAUACGGACCGUCCGAUCCAACUGUUAUUAUCCAAUUGGAGUAUGAUGAUGACGUUGCAGAAGUAAACAUGGAAGAACUGAUCGAAAUGUUCGAGGAGCAUGGAAAUAUUGUUCUAAUCAGAGUGGUGGAUGACGCAUUGAUUGUCACGUUCGAUAAUGGAGAAAGCGCCUUGGAAUCAUUGACAUUCGACGGGGAAUAUAUAGGCGAUAUAAGAAUAUCUGUUUACUUAAGAUCUACAGACAUAUUGGAACAAGCUGAACACACCGUCAUGUCGAUGGUUUAUGACGAUGUGUCUAUUGACGACGAAAGCGGCGAUGAUGUAUUCAAUUUUCGACAACGAAAGAUGUCCGAGAUACUCUCCACCACACUCAACAGUAGUGGAGUUUUACUCGAACCGGAGAAGAUCAACGAGCAGGAAGAUUUUCUAGAAGAUUUUGUUGAAGAAGGCGACGAAUCUGUCGAGAGUGAAGAUGAAGUGAUCAUGGAUGAAGAGGAAGUCGAGAAGCUCAGAAAAGAACGUAUGUUGCAAAUGGAUAGCGAUGAAGAGGAGGAAUUAAGUGUUGAAAGUGAUUCGACUCCUGUCAAGGUGGAAACACUCAACGAAGGGAGUAGGCCAGAAAAGCCAAUUAGGCCUAAAAAACCUAAGGGUCCAGUUGUGCCUAAAGCAACUAGCAAACAAGGGAAUGAAGUAGUGUUUGAAAAAAGUACAGAAGAGAAUCCUACAAAUAUUUCUGCAAAAUGUAAACCAGAAAAACCAGUUCGACCAGUUAAAUCAUUGACCACUCAACCGGUGCGACCUCGGCCACCUCCGCCUAAAACAAACAACAAAAGUACGUCUGCUGUGGAACCCGACAGAAAAAUGUUUCCCAGCGAUGAUGGUGUUAGUACGCCUUUUAAUAUCCAACACUUGAUGCAUGUCGACGCGUCAAACGUGGACGAGUUCAUAGCCAAGAUGACCAGUCAGUUAGCAACCAUGGAGGAAAAGAGUAAACCUUCAGACUCGAGUCAAAGGAAGAAAAGUAUCAGGCGAAAUAGCAGCAAAAAGGAGACGAACUUAAAAGAACAACCAGCAAAGAGCAGUAAACCGAUACCUCGACGCCCUGAUAGACCCGAACCAAGUUUGAAAGGAGAAGUACCUCAACGUCCGCAAAGACCGAAGAAAAAUUCCCCUGAAGUUGUUGCUCCUAAGCGGCCUCAAAGAACAGACACGACCCACAAAGACGAUGUACCUCAACGACCUCAAAGGUCGAAACCAACUGUCCAAGAAAUUAAAACUCAAAGACCCAGCAGACCUAAGACUCGACCAGUUAGUCAGUUUGAUGGUUUGAUGGCAGAUGGUGCAGAGAACGACAUAGCUAAACCCGUAAAACCUCCACGCAGUGUAAGACUUCUGAGCGAUGAAACCUGUGUGGAAGAACAUGUAACUGAUAAAUUCACUAAAAAUGAGAAACCGCGUGUUCCUCCUAGAAACAGUGUUUCCGAAGAUGAUUUAAAUGACGAGCAUACCAUGCAACACACUCUUGUUGCAAGGAAAAAAGGUAAUUUUCCACCCCCUCUCCCUAUAAGAAUACCACCGCCGCGAACAAGUGGGGACGACUUAGAUAAUAUGAAAUUGACAGAUAACCCAGUGAAGCAGGAUGGGCAGUACUUUUCGAAUGAGGCGCCAUCUAAAUCAAUAGAGCAUGAUAAACAACUAUCUAAACCUGAAUUGUUAAAGAAACCUCAAAAUAAAGCAAAACCGCCGUUACCGAAAAGAUUAAAUGAAAAUGUGACUGCAGAUAAUUCGUUAAAACCAGCUUUACCAGAAAGAACUGACCUGGAGCCACCCCCCUUGCCGCCCCGUUAGAGCGAGUAAAUGUCUUUUUAAAAGAAGCAUAUUCUUUUGUUAUUUUGAUAUCGUAUUUUUAAAAAAUAUGUAAUUUAAAUUGUAGAGCACCUGCAUUUAUUUAUCUUGAAUUAUGCUUAAUUUGAUGAGUAAUAUUUUUAAAAUUCUUGAUUUUACGUCGUGACGUACGACACCACUGUGAAGCAGCUGAUGUUGAAAAAAAAGUGAAAUAAACCACGCCCCUUUUUCUUUAUUCCCAACCUAACCAGUUUUUCUAAUCACAAUAAUACAAUAAAAUUUGGUGACUUGUUGACACGAAGUUGUUUUGUUAUUUUUUAAAAUUUUUAGCCUAGUUGACGAAGUCGUAGAUAAGUUAAUAAAUUCAUAGAAUAUUUUUUUAUGGGAUGUAGUUAUUUUCUUUUAGCUAUUUAUAUGAAUCUAAUUUAUUAACAAAUUAUUUUUCUGAUUUUCUAAAAUAAACACCACGAAAUAAAACCUGUUUGUUUUUGGCCCAUUCACGUUUCAGGCCUUGUUGCGCAUGCUUUAAACUGAGAAUCGGUCAUUAAUUAUAUCCUUGCUGAGCUUCUGCGAACGGUCAAAAGGACGAAAAAAAUAAAAUAUAGGAAAUAUCAUGAACUUUGCUCUACUCACCUAUGUAAUUUUUUUUUCUAAGAGAAUUUCUGCGUUACUGUGACGAUAUUAACAUAUGAAUAAAAUUAUUUCAGUUCUUACUUAAAACGUCAAUUUGAAGUAAACAAAACAUAACAUUUUAAUAAGAAAAGUAUUUUUGGAAAAACAUCCCCCAAAAACAUGCUGGCUGCAGAGGACUAAUCAUUUCAUCCUUUUUGUCGUGUUAGAAAAUGACGAAAAAACUACCUUUCUUUCAUUAAUUUUGUCCACGAAAGUUAUAAUUUUUUUUAUUCUAAGAAUUAAAACGAAGGCUGUAGCGGAGGCAGGUAUGGAACCUGAAAUUUAGUAGGCACGUGUGUAAUAGAAAAAUAUAAAAAAACAGCGAGAAAGAGUUAUUAAAAACUAGCAAGUGUGCCUUUUCAAUAGAAUAUUAUUAAUGAAAUUAUUUACCCAGGAUAGCCUCUUCAGCACCUACACAGGUACUACUGUCAACGAGGGUCCUGCGAAGGGGGUCCUAGUGCAUUUAAAGCUUUAAUUUCAGCUAUAAAGGUCAUUCUAGCACAUCAACCACUCAACUAGACAACUGCCUAAAAUAUAAAUCCAAUCCUCGGUCUUAACGGUAAGCAGAAAGGACAGAUACACACUUUCAUAGUCUCUGGCAUGACUCAGCCGGAGUUUGAACGCAAGGCUUUCUGCAUUGGAAGGGAACCAUUUACCAGAGGCUGGCAGAUGGUUGCUUUAAUUUAUUAGUCUGGAAUUAAGUUGAUCAGUGAAAACUUUUUGCUGUGGAAAUGUUUACUCACCAACCUUAAAAUUAGUCACACUUCCAUGUUUUUCUUCCCGAUAACGUAUGCUUUGUCCUUUAUAGUUGUUGUUUGGCACGUUUCUCCUAGAACAUAAACUUGUUCUACAUAGAGUUUAUUUGUUUUAAUCAUAAUUAAUUCUGCUUAUUAUUGUAACCUGGCAUAAUUAUGCAUUGCUAGGUAACCAAUUAUUAUUGUUGUUUUUUAAAUAAGAAUAAAGUUCACCUUUAUGACGUCACCAGCGUGUUUUGAAGCGAGCUAUUACUUAGAAAAACACCAAACACUUCAACGAAGUGAUUUAAAAGUUUCACAAAAAGUUAGGCGAUAUCCUGAGAUGAAUUCCAUGACAUUUUUACACUUCGAUGAAGAGAAAAAAUUAGCAAACACGGGAAGUCGAUAAGUUAUUUUAACAUUAUUGAAAAGAUUGUUAAAUAAGAUACUAUGCUAUUUAUAUCACAAAUAUACAAUCAUUUUGGUUAAACAUAUACAAACUUUUAUUUACAGAAGUAAUUGUCAAAAAAACAGUUACGAUCCUGCGUAGAAUUAUAGGAAAAACUCCUUUGUCGAACAAAGCCCUUUUAUUAUUUUUAAGAAAUCUUUUUAAACAGUGUUUUUUCAUGAUGUUAUGAGUGAUGUCAAAUAAACAUUACACAAAUUUAUGUGUUUAAACACUUGUCAAUGAAGCCCUCUGCGUAGAAUGUUUGUAGAGAAAUAUUACUUGCGCUCCGUUUUGCAUUA